UUAUUUCCCCGCAGAUGACUGAGGGCAGGCUGUGCCAAGUGCAGCUGCUGGAUGACAGGAAGCUCGAGCUGCUGGUUCAGCCGAAGCUGCUGUCCUACGAACUCCUCGACUUGGUUUCCUCCCACUUCAACCUCAAAGAGAAGGAAUUCUUUGGACUGGCAUUUUUUGACGACCAUGGUCAGCGUAAGUGGUUGCAGAUGGACCGCAGAGUUCUUGAACAUGACUUUUUGAAGAAGUCCGGGCCUGUUGCCCUGAACUUCCUGGUCAGGUCUUAUGUGGAAAACAUUACACAGCUUAAGGACAUCAUAACGGUGGAGUUAUUCUUCCUGAAUGCAAAGUCUGCUGUCUACAAUGGGUUUAUAGAAGUGGAAAGUGACAACGUCUUCAAAUUAGCUGCAAAUGCUCUGCAGGAGGCGAAGGGAGACUACGCAAGUGAUGAAAACACGAGAGCUGACUUGAAGAAACUCCCGACUCUUCCCACCAAGGUCCUCAAGGAACACCCAUCACUUGCAUACUGUGAGGAUCGAGUAAUUGAACAUUACAAACAGCGGAAAGGAGUCUCCCGAGGACAGGCCAUUGUGCAGUAUUUGACAUUAGUGGAAUCCUUGCCCACGUAUGGCGUGCAUUAUUAUGAAGUGAAGGAUAAACAAGGGAUCCCGUGGUGGCUUGGAAUCAGCUAUAAGGGCAUCGGCCAGUACGACCUGCAGGAUAAAUUAAAACCUCGAAAGCUUUACCAGUGGAAGCAGCUGGAAAACUUGUACUUCCGGGAGAAGAAAUUUGCUGUAGAGGUUAACGAUCCACACAGGAGAGCAGUAACCAAACGCACCUUUGGGCAGACUGGCCUCCUCAUCCACACGUGGUAUGCCAGCCAUUCUUUAAUCAAGACCAUUUGGGUCAUGGCGAUUAGCCAGCACCAGUUCUACUUGGACAGAAAGCAAACCAAAACUAAAUUAGGAGCAGCAAGAAGCGUGGAGGAAAUUGCCAUGGAUCUCACGGAGCACGGAGGAGCGAAGAUAAACCGUUUGGGAGACGCAGGCCUGAAGAAUAACUUCAUAACAGCCAGCAACGGGAGUCUGGUGUCUACAGGUUCUGCGGACUCUGAAAUGAGUGAAGAACAAAAGAAAGAGAAACUCUCUGAACUGAGAAAAAAAGAGCAGGAGAUCCAAGAUAUUUUGGCCAAGAAAACAAAAGAACUGAAGAAGAUUUGCAUGAGAGAGGCGGAGCUCACUGGCAAGCUGCCAAAAGAGUAUCCCCUCUCUACAGGAGAAAGACCGCCACACGUCAGACGGCGAGUUGGCACUGCUUUCAAGUUGGAUGACCUUUUCCCCUACAACGAGGAUCCCUUCCUGAGGAACCUCGAGAGCAGAUUUGCCCUGCAGCAAAAGAUCGUGGAGGCGGCGAAGAAGCUGGCAAAUGAGCCCGAACUGUGCAAAACUGUCAAGAAGAAGAGGAGGAGAAACUGUUUGGAUGCCAUGCAAAAAUUCCAGCAGAUAGAGGAUGAGAUGAACCAGUACAGAAUCAAGAAGGGGAAAAAGCCCACGCAGCGGGCCUCAGUGAUCAUUGCCGAUGAACUUGUCCGUUCAGACUGCAGCUCUCUGUCAAGUCUCCCGCUGGAUGACGAUGACUCGGACGGUGUCAGCCCGAGGCCAAGGUCGCGGUCGGUCCAGGGUUCACCUCAGCUCAGUCCGAUGCGAUCGCUGGGAGUCGAAUAUGAUGCGGAGCGACAGGGAUCUGCGAGGGAAAACCACCAGAACAAGAACCACGGCAGAUUAGCUUUUGAAGGUCAGGAUGCUUCCCACUGCUGCCAGCACCCAAGAGAGGUCUCCUCUACCCACAGUAGUCCCUAUAAAACCCUUCCCAGACCCCCUAGAGAUCCACGCAGCAUGCCUGCCACCCCGGUUAUGACCCGCAAUGCCUACAGCAGCAGCCAGCUCAGGUCGGAGGCGUCCCCUCAUUGCUUCAGGCAUCGCAGCGGAAGUCUGGAGUCCCAGCCCCGGCUGGGAAAAGACUCGGAGAAGCCCGUCUUUGUGUUGUCGCCAGCCCACCGCAGCAACAGCACAGAGGUGUUAGAGGACUGCUCUUCUUACACCAGCCAGUCCAGUCUUGACUACUGCGGGGCGGCCCACUCCCACUACAGUACGCUGGACUCCCGAACCUCAACCAUGCAUCGUCUCCACAGAAAGGUGGAAGUGUACGGAAAUACUGGGAGCAUGCCCAACUUGGUCCAGCACCAUUCUGGUUGCAGUUAUUCAUGUGAGAACUCAGCACACUAUGCACCCAGUGCCUACUACGUCUCUGGCUACCCUUGCCCGGACAUGGAGCCUUACGCUAACGGUGCCUACGUGUAUGAGAAUGACGUAGAGGGCCACUACAACGUCAACCCUUCCUACCAAGUAAAUGGGUAUCACGGACAUGACAGAUUCAGGAAUUACAGCAGUGAGCGGGCAGAUAGUCUUUCCCAGAAUCCCUACGCGACUGUGAGGCCGCCGCGGAAAAGAGAGGGGCCCAGAAACGAGCUGUUGGCCAAGAACAUGCAGAAGGCCCUGGUGGCGGAGCAUCUGAAAGGCUGGUACCACCGAAGCAAAGGCCAGGGAGGGAGGGGCAUGCUGGCUGGAUACGACUUCGACAGCGGCUCUCAGCUCAGUCUGGGCUACCAGACCAUGCCAGCGGCAUUCAGCCACUCCAGCAGAACCACCUCCUUUUCAUCAGUGUCCUCGGUGGAAAGCACGGGGAACUGGCGAAACCAGCUGGCAGUCGGCCUGACGGACUACGACACACCCGACACGCCUCAGUACGCACAGCCUGGAGCGCCGGCCUCUCCGUACAACCGCAGUCCCUCACACAGCAGAUCUCCUCCAGAAAACAAAGUUUCUGACACAAUGCCUAAAAACUCUGAGUCAGUUGAGGUGGUUGGCUCUGAGGCCUCUAGUACAGACGAACCAUCAGGCAACCAUUCUAGCACUUAAAGGAUUUCACCUGGAUAGAAGCUACAUGAGCAUCCACUGAAGAGGACCAAAACGAAACGUUAACACAAAUGAAGCCGCGGGCCAGCAGCACACGAAGAGGAUGAAGUUGAAUCAUAUGUCUGCACACAAACUUUGGUUGCUGCCAUGACCUUUUUUCUUGGGAGAUGUUCUGUCUGUUAGGUGUUGGCGGAGUCUAUGUGUACGCUGUCCUCAUGUUAAAGUAACCUCUGAACACAGCGAUGACACUCUUGAGUGACUUUCCCAUGUGCCUUGGAUUGGAUGAAAUAUACAGGCCGAUGAGAAUGUGUCAAGGAACUUUAAGAUGUUGCACAACCACACUGGUUGUGCAACCCUAUUGUGUUUUAAAGAUGGGGAAAAAAAAGAGGCAACGUGUUUUUACCCAGGAACUAUCUUCUGCCUUAUACAAAACAGUAGGUUAUAGAAUACAAAUGAUUUUCACCACUUUCAUCUGAGUGAAAUAGUCCAAAUUGAAAACUAAGCUUGUACAUGUUCACAAUGGGACACUACAAGAAAUUGAAUUUCAUUAAUUAGAGCAGACUAUUCAGUGAAAUUCCAUUUCUUUCUUUCGUUAAACUUUCAAUCAGAAUGUAUUAUGUCAUUAUUGUUUAUAGAACCAUUUGUCUUUGGUGGCGUAAUGUGUUUUAAAAUGCAUGGUGAGAAUAUCUUCUUUUUUUUUUUUUAUUAUAAGAACUUCUUUUUCUACUAACAGAAGACCACUGCCGUGAAAACCAUAAUAUUCAAGUCUCGUAGUUUUGUUUUCUCACAUAUUUGUACAGUCAGUGUGUAGUUAUAUGUUGUUAGAUGUUGUCAUAAAAUAUUUUCCACUGGGAACAAGGAUGUGAAUAAAUACAUGUGUGACACAUAGA